GUCACUGGCUCGCCAUGGACUCUCCUAGGGUCCUGCUCUUGGCGAUCUUCCUCAUCAGUUUCUUCUGGGAUUUGCCGGGUUUCCAACAGGCUUCCAUCUCUUCUUCCUCCUCCACGGAACUGGACUCCACCAAAGACGUGAGGAGCCGCAAAGAAGGGAAGAUGCCGAGGAUACCACAAGAGAGUGCGGAGGGACGGACGCCCCAGGAGCACCAGCCGAGGCAGAGCGAACUCCGGCUGCGGCCGCCUGCACAGUCUCAGGGGCAGGAGCCUCCGGGCAGGGGCCCGCGCGUGGUGCCCCACGAGUACAUGCUGUCAAUCUACAGGACUUACUCCAUUGCCGAGAAGUUGGGCAUCAAUGCCAGCUUUUUCCAGUCUUCCAAGUCAGCUAAUACGAUCACUAGCUUUGUAGACAGAGAACUGGACGAUCUCUCGCACACUCCUCUCCGGAGACAGAAGUAUUUGUUUGAUGUGUCCACGCUCUCAGACAAAGAAGAGCUGGUGGGCGCAGAGCUGAGGCUUUAUCGCCAGGCGUCCCCAGUGCCCUCGGGGCCACCAGCCCGACGGCUGCACGUGCAGCUCUUUCCGUGUCUGUCCCCUCUGCUGUUGGACGCCAGGUCCCUAGAUCUUCAGGGGCCAACUCAGGCCGGCUGGGAAGUCUUCGACGUGUGGCAGGGUCUGCGCCCUCAGCCGUGGAAGCAGCUGUGCUUGGAGUUGCGGGCAGCCUGGAGCGAGGUGGACGCCGGGGACACCGAGGCGCGAGCGAGUGGUCCCCAGCAGCCACCGCCUCCCGACCUGCGGAGUCUGGGCUUCGGACGGAGGAUGCGGCCGCCCCAAGAGCGCGCCCUGCUCGUGGUGUUCACCAGAUCCCAGCGCAAGAACCUGUUCGCCGAGAUGCGCGAGCAGCUGGGCUCUGCCGAGGCGGCAGGAACCGAGGGGUCAUGGCCAGCGCCGUCGGGUGCUCCAGACGCCGGGCCUUGGCUGCCCUCGCCCGGCCGCCGGCGGCGACGCACCGCUUUCGCCAGUCGCCACGGCAAGCGACACGGCAAGAAGUCCAGGCUGCGCUGCAGUAGAAAGCCCUUGCACGUGAAUUUCAAGGAAUUAGGCUGGGACGACUGGAUUAUCGCGCCCCUAGAGUACGAGGCCUAUCACUGCGAGGGCGUGUGCGACUUCCCGCUGCGUUCGCAUCUGGAGCCCACCAACCACGCCAUCAUCCAGACGCUGAUGAACUCCAUGGACCCGGGCUCCACCCCGCCCAGCUGCUGCGUUCCUACCAAAUUGACUCCCAUCAGCAUCCUGUACAUCGACGCGGGCAAUAAUGUGGUCUACAAGCAGUACGAGGACAUGGUGGUGCAGUCCUGCGGCUGCAGGUAGCGGUGCGGGGCCGUCCGCCGCCCGGGCCAGGGACCGUGGAGGGAGGCGUGAUUGCUGAGAGGCGGAGCAGGAGCUGGCCUGAAGAGGCCACGAGUCGGGGACAUCCUGGAAGUAGAAGCAGUGGGAGAGGAGGCAGCCCAGCCCUCCCCGAAUCUUCCACUCGCCAACCCAGAAGCAGUUAAGGGUUUUUACACUUUGCCUGGCCACCCUGGAAAGACUAGACAAGGAUUGUUUUCUUUUUCUUUUCUUUAUUACUAUGGCUUUGGGUUUUGUUGUGUCUCCUAGAUUUUGGUAGGAGAUGGAAGGAGGAGGAGAGAUGGGUAUCUGUCCUCAAAAGUUCCCUGGAUGAGGGUGGGGACACGGGAGGGAGGAAGGAACCAAUCGCUUUUCUCCGCAUCUCGGACUUGUGUGAGAAAGUGGGGUCUUUGUGUCUUUCCAGCUACGUCAUAGCUGACG